GUGUGUCUGUAAGGGUCGGCCCUUGUCCGGCUGUGGGGCUGUGUGCAGAGAUCAUGAGUAAACGCUGUCUCUGGAAGACAAAAAAACCCCUCCACAACUGAGUAUGCUGAAGUAAUCGAGACCUGCCCCCCCGCCCCCCGCAGGGUGGGAACGCCGUGGGGGGUGCCUGCCUUGCACGAGUUUGGUCAGACAAGGCGUGGGGGUAGAGGGGAGUCACCCGUCGGGGGGGCUGUUGCGUCAGUGCGGGACCGCAGGCGGAGAGAGGAGAACGGAGGGAGAAAGCGCAGGGGCGAGAGGAGAGAACCGGGGAGACGCGAACGGGGCAGGGGGUUCAGCGGCGCGUAUCGCUGGGCGGGGGCACGUCUCUGCCCGCCGCGGCCCGUUCUCGGGUGUCUCUAGCCCGGGCUGCUCCCCGCGCCAGCCCCGCUCGGGCGCCACUCCCCAGCCAGGCGCGGGGCGCUCCAGCCCCUGCCCUGCCCUGCCCGCCGCAAUGGGGCUGCGCCCGGGACCCGUCGCGCCCCUGGGGUGGGCACUGGCGCUUCUCCUGUCUCUGGCCGGCGGGCUCAGCGAGGCCACCCCGCACUUGAGGUACAACCGGCCAGGCGCCAGGAGCAAGAACUGGUGUGCCUACAUAGUGAACAAGAACGUGAGCUGCUCUGUGCUGGAUGGAACUGAGCGGUUUAUUCAGGCGCAGUACAAAUGUGCCUGGAACCAGUUUCCCUGUUCACCAACCCCAGUCUACCGUAUGAGUUUCAGACCUCGGUAUACAAUUGCUUAUAAGACAGUAACAGAACUGGAGUGGAGAUGUUGUCCUGGUUAUAAAGGUGAAGAUUGCAGAGACGGUCCGGCAGAACAACCAAGAACUAUUCUGUUUCCCACUUCACCAUCACGACCUGGUGUGAAGAAAGUCUUGGACUCAGAACCAACGGAAAUGCCACGGGAAUCACCCGAGAAGAAAAUUCAGUUCCUUGAGGAUGAAUUGUUUCGACUUACGCGGACAGUGCUUGAUCUUCAGUCCUCCUUAGCAGGUGUGAAUGAAAACCUGAAACUAACUGUCCAAGAAGAUGCCAGUAAGAUGUUGGUCUCAUGGCUGAACAACCUUCAUGAUCACCCAGGGCCUGAUAGUGUCGUGGGUGGUGAAACAGACAGUAUUCAUCUGCCUGGAAUACUUGGCAAGAAAGAGCCUUUUAUUGAUUUUGAGAUGGAAGACAUAAAGUCUGAACUAGCUGAGGUAAAAAAUACUUUGAAGACAAAAAAUGACAAGCUGGAAGAACUGAAUGGGAAAGUGAAAAGCUAUGAAGGGCAAUUAAAACAACUGCAGGAAGCAGCACGAGGACCUACAAUAACAAUACCGAGUGGUGAUUUAUAUCAGGAAUAUCUAGAUUCUAAAAUUGAGGCCCUGAGACAGGAAAUGCUGGAAGGAUUGGAGAAGAAAAUGGCAGAUCUGAAAAACUCAUGUGAAUACAAACUAAUGAAUAUCCAGCAACAAUGUGAUGACCAUGAAACCAGCUGUUCAGAAAUAAUACAACUUGUAGAAGAAAAGGAAAAUGGCCUGAGGAAAGAAAUAAAUGAUCUACGAACUCAGAUCCAGGCUCCUUCAAACCAGUCAGGUUGCUGCAAGACUAGCCACAGUGAUGACUUUGGUCAACAGAUAAAGAAUUUGGAUGAGAAAGUUGACAGAGUUGUGGAAGUACACAGAAUCUUAAAUGCCAGAAUAGAUAAUGAAAUCAUUCGCAUUUCCACUCCAAAUCUAGAAGACAUCUUUGGCCCAAGAUGGGAGGAGCUAGACGCUAGAAUCAAUGUUACAGAGAGGAAUGCUGAAGAACAUUGUUUUUACAUUGAGGAAACUCUCCGAGGUACUAUAGCUGCUGAAGUAGACGAAGUCAGAAACUUACUUGAUCAAAAACUACAGGCACUGGAAGACAGGCUGGGUGGCACUAUUUUAGAAAUUGCCAAUGCCACAGCCUCAGAUGGAAUAUCAAUUAGUUCAGGAUCAGUCUUGCACAGUGACUCAGGAUCUGGAAAUGAGCAGCUUACAACUGAGAUAAAUCUCCUGAGGAACAAACUACAAGCCAUUGAACACCUUUGCUGGCAGAAAUGCCAAUCUGCACCCCAAGAUAUGGAAGACCUUCAAAAAAGCAUAGAAAAUUGUAGCAACAAAUAUGAAUACUUGCUUUUGAAAGUAGAAGACAACUCUGCUCUUUUGAAGUCUUUAAAUGGUUCCCUUAAUGAGAAAUUUAACUUUACUAAGAGCAACCAACAGAACGUCCAGAAGGAUUUGCGUAGACUCCGAUAUGGUCUAAACAUCAUGGAUAAAGAUGUGAAAAAUCUUCAGGUUGGCUUGAGCAGCUGUAAGGAGCAACUUCUGGGUGUCAAUUCUACAUGUGAAAAGACCCAGCAAGGUGUAUUCAGAAAAAUGGAUGAAAUACAAAGAACAGUUAUGAAUCAAACUUCUCACCCAAAUGAUAAUUGCUGUAAUGAGGUGAAGGAGAGGAUGGAACAGCUAAAAGAACAAAUCUUUAAUGACCUCAGGAAAUGUAAAGAGAACACCAGUGGUAUUCAGGAGGGAGUCUCAGAUGUGGAUAGCAGACUGUCCCAUGUUGAAAAAAUCUGCAGCAAAAUGGACUCCAUCUCAGGUAGCCUGCAGCGAAUAAAAGAAGGUCUGAACAAGCAUGUCACUAGCUUAUGGAACUGUAUCAAUCAGAUGAAUGGAACCAUGACAUCUCAUUCCAAAGACAUUUCUGGCCUCAAAAAUUCUGUCCAACAGUUCCACAAGCAGAUCACCAAAAUCACCACUGACCUUCAGGAGCUGAUGAAAAUUCAGUCUGGGGCACCUGAAAAUCAACCAAGAGUACCACUGAGGAUACCACAAGAAAGAACUCCCCUGCAGCCAUCACAGCCAAGAACACCGCUACAGCUACCACAACCAGGAACACCGCUGCUGCCGUCGCAGCCAAGAAUAGUAAUACAACCACCACGACAAGGAGCCCCUCUUCAGCCAUCACAACCAAGAACUCCCCUACAACCAUCAUUGCCAGGUUCAGCCACUUUACCACUUUUGCCUGGAUCAACUGGGAUCAUUAUGGAGUCUGGACAGGCCGGUCCUCCUGGCACAGUUGUAAAGUCAGGAAGUAGACGGCCUAAAGGCAUAGAUGGACAGUAUACCUUGCCCAUAGCUGAAGGAUAUGCAGGAGCACCAGGGUAUCCAAAAUCUUCUCCGCCUUCUACAGACUCACAAGGACCUACUGCUGCUGCCACCUCUCUGGUGUCUUUUUCGGCUGGUCUUACUCAGAAGCCUUUCCCCAGUGAUGCAGGCGUGGUCCAUUUUAACAAAGUGCUUGUGAAUGAUGGAGACUAUUAUAAUCCUAACACAGGCAUCUUCACAUCUCCCUAUGAAGGGCGCUAUCUGAUCACUGCCGUCCUUGCUCCUGAAAGGGAUGAGUAUGUAGAAGCAGUGCUGUCUGUUGCCAAUGCAAGCGUUGCUCAGCUCCACACAGCUGGUUAUAGAAGAGAGCUGCUUGAGUAUCACAAACCACGAUCAGGGAAACGAACCUGUGGUGGAGCUGGAACAUUCCACCUCGUUCUUCACCUAAAAGCUGGAGAUGAAGUAAACAUUGUCGUUACUGGGGGCAAGCUGGCCUACACGGAUUCCGAUGAAAUGUACUCCACGUUUAGUGGAGUUCUUCUCUAUCCAGCCAUUGCUCAUGUCUAGGCUCCUCGUGAUAAGAAGGGUGCAGAACAGUGUUCCCACACCAGAGCAGAGGAAAUAGACACUUGAUUCAGAGAGGGCAAUUUGACUGACUUCAGUAAUGAUACAGCCUCGGGUAGGCCU